AUGGUAUUCUCAAGCCUUGAUGAUUGUUAUUCAAUGUAUGUUAAGUAUGAUAAGGAGUGUGGGUUUUCAGUCGGGAAAGGGACUACAAAGACAAACUCUAAAGGUGUCUUACAUAUUAAGUAUUACUUGUGUACGAGAUCUGGGUUAUACAAGGACAAGAAGGUUGAUAUGUUGGACCCCAAUCAAAAGGAGCGAGUAGUGCGAUCUAACUUUUCAAAGAGGACUGAUUGUGGUGCACUGUUAUGUGUACUUUUUGAGGAUGGAUCAUGGAAGGUGUCUAAGUUUGUCGAGGAGCACAAUCAUGAACUUGUUGAACGUCCUGAUAAGCAUUUUCUUCCAACUGAACGACACCUCAAGGCGUUUAAUGUUAUGAAGACUUGUUUUAGCGGUUUUGAAGACGUGGGUGCAAGCAAAGUUGAAUUUAAGAACUAUAAGAGGGAAAUUAACUUGUUCAUAGGGGAAUAUGACGCCAAUAUGGUUGUGAAACAUUUGAAUGAAAAAAAACAUUCCCAGCCUAAUUUCUCGUAUGAUUACAUCACAGACGAAGAGAAUCGUUUGAAGGCUAUCUCCGUUGCACAUCUCAGACUGACUCCGGCUGCUAAAGAGAGACUCUUGGCUUUCAAGAGACUGGACCCUGAAACAAGAACUUUCAAAUACUCUAUGGUGUUUGUACCGUUCACUAGUAUAGACAAUCAUCACUGCAAUGUUAUAUUUGAUGCAGCAUUGUUGGCAUCGGAAACUGCUAAUACGUAUAUUUGGUUGUUAAGAGUUUUUCUAAAAGAUGUUGGUUCUCAACCAAAAGUUGUUGUCACUGUCCAUGAUUCAGCGAUGAAGAAGGCUAUUUCUGUUAUAUUUGUUGACACGAGGCAUCGGUUAUGCAUGUGGCAUGUGAUGCAUAAACUUUCUCUAAAGGUUGGUGUUAGGCUAUUCAAUUCGACCAAUUUUAAAGAACGUAUUUAUGGUGUUGUGUGGACGGAUAUUCUCACACCUGAAGAAUUUGAAUCAGAAUGGGAAGCGUUGAAGAGUAGUUACAAAUUGUUGGAAGGGCAAGCCGUUGACAUAUACACAAAAAGUAUUUUUUGUGACGUUCAAGCUGAGCUUAUUGGAGUUGCGGAUUGCAUAAAUCAACGUUACGAAGAUCAGCCUGAUGGGUUUGUUAAGUUUUACGUAAAUGACUUCCAACAGCCUUACAAACAUUCUAUGCAUGGCGUUAUAGAGAUAUUGUUUUUGGCAUUUUUCAGGGAAUUUCCAAAACAAUACAUUCUGAAUAGAUGGUGCAAAGAGGCCUCCCCAAACUGCUCUCCUGAAUUCUCAAUUAGUCGUGAACAUAUGAUUGAGCUUGAUCCUGAUGUGCAAAGUAUGAUGCGAGAUAUUAUUUAUUCAACCGAAUACACUUUGAACCGUUUAUCUGGUAAUAAAGAGGAGCUAUCCUUAUACAAGGAUCAUGUUCAAUCUUAUAUGAAGAAGGUUCAAGAUAUGCAGAUUGUUGCUCCUCCCACUAGUUCUAGGGAUAGAUUUGCCUAG